AUGUUUAACCUCGAGUUUGAAAUGUAUGAUAAGGAAUUCAUUCAAUUCAUUUCAAUACACCAACAACUCAUUUCCAAAAUUAUUUCAUUCAUUAAUAUUCAACAUAUCAAUAUCAAUAACAAUAUUCAUAUUAAUUUAACUCUUUAUAUUAAUUAUUCUUUAAAAAUAGUAUUACAUCACACUCUCUUUUUUGAGUCCUUUUAUCAAAAGUCAAUUUAUUUAACUUCAAUUAAAAAUAUAAAAAUUAGCGGAAGUAAUGGACAAUCAUCUCUUCAAUCGCAGCAACAACACUCAGUAGCCGGCAAAGAAAGAGAGAAUAUGAGGGAUAAAGAUAUUUCAAUGUCAACUCACAGUCCCCAGGGUGGAAACAAGGAUGGCGGUGGUGGCAGCAGUGGCAAUGGAAAUUAUAAUCCUUUCUCUGAUAAAAUAAUGCUGCUCUGUACUAGCUGCCACAACAAAGUGCUACAAGAUGUGAGAGAACUCUCUGAAAAGGUGAUACCAGGUUACCAUGAUAAUAAAUAUUCAUUUUCCUGUAGACAAUGCAGCUCAUCGAAAACACCUUUUCUUUUCCAUCUCGGAAAAUCUUGGAAGUGUGUCAUCCACACUGCUCUCUACAACUUGGAGCGACAAACUGGAAAUAGGUUCUUCCAUCACUCUGAAGUGACCACCUACGUAAUGAAAUAUCCACAAGUAUUCUUACAUGAUAAAUCAUUAGCUGAUAUUUCAAAAGCUGUAUCAAUGGCAUUCUUUAAUAAUAAAGGAUAUUUUGUUAGUGGUGGUCCAUACACUGGAAAAUGGGCCAAUCCAAAGGCGUCGGAUGUUGAAUCACUUGAUUCCGAGCCAAUGGACAGUCCUGGCGAUGCAUCGAUAUCCGAUGACCAUGGUCGUGAGAAAGAACGUGCCAAUGAGCGUAGUGAACUGCGUGGAAGAGAAAGAGAUCGCGAUAGAGAUAGGGAUCGCAGUGGAAACGAUCGUGCCGAUCCAGAUCGCGAUCGUGACCGUGAUCGUGAUCGUGAUCGAAGCGAUCGUGAUAUCGAUAUGAAAGAGCGUGAGAAGGAGCGUCUACUCAGUAGAAGUAACAGUCGUGGUAGAAGUCCGUCGCGUACCAAGAGCAACAGUCGUGGUUCCAGUCGAAGUAACAGUCGCGCCAGCAGAAGCAGGAGCAGAAGCGCUUCAUCCUCCGACACUGACUCUGGCAAUAACUACCGUAGAGAAUCGGUUUCCUCAUCAUCUCGUUCCUCUUCACGAUCUCGCUCAGACUCUGAAUCGGAAACAGAGGAAGCCGCGUACAAAUCAACACUGACUUGCAAUCAGUGUAAAAAUGAUAUUGCACUUGAAUUUAAUGUAAAUAGAGUAUUACCAGGUCCAUUUGAUAAAAACUAUGAAUUCCAAUGUAAAUAUUGUGGAAAUGGAAACUCGGUAUUAAAACAUCAUCCUAAAUCAUGGACAAAAAUAAUUCAUACAUCAUUGCACAAUUUGGAAUUGGAAAAAGGAACUAGAUUCCAUUCGAGAAAAGAUAUUUUCCAUUACAUCGCCACACACCAAAAGGAUUUAGUUUCUGAUCCAAAACAAGAUGCCAGUCUUGCCAUUAUCAAUUACAUCCUUUCCUCGGGUAGAAGCUUGUUUAUCAAUAGCUGUAUCAAUCCAAGACUGUGGUGUAACAGAAAGAAGCGUGACAAGGUCGAGUUUGAUUCGCGUGGUGUUUUGGUUCUGAGCAAAGAACUCGAUAAGAAGGGUAAUGGCGGUUCCGAUCAAUACGAUGAUGUCGGACCAUCGGGUGGCUCCAACUCGAACAACAGUGUGUCGGCCAACCACAGUGGUGGAUCGUCGUCGAUUGCCAACUCGUCGAGCAAUUCCAGCCAGAGUGGUGGUGGACAACAUUCGUCGGGUGGAUCGGGCGGAUCAUCACAAACCAAGCUCACUCCACUGUUUUGUAACAUCUGUAAGACAAUGUUUGCCAAUGCCGCCGCCGAACUCCUCGAAGGCAAAAACAAGUCUAUCAUUCCAUCGCACAUUGACACUAGAUACAUAUACAACUGUGGCAAGUGUAGCGAUAAAAAGAUAGCCACACUUCUCCACCUCCCGAAAUCGUGGAAGGUCAUUGUACAUACAACACUAUAUAAUCUGGAGUUGACCAAUGGAAGCAAGUUCAGCUCGAACAAAGCACUCUACUCAUAUAUCUCAGAGAAUGCACCGACUCUUCUGUUGGGUGGCAAAACGAUUGACUAUCUCAACAAAAAUCUUUCUGGUGUGCUGUCGUCCUACAAAAAUCUGUUUUGUUCGUCGGGAAGAAACAUGUGGGGAAAUGUCUCACAGGAAAGAGGUGGUAGCGGAGGAGGUGGCGGUGGUAGCGGUGGACAUGGUAACUACAACCACGAUGCCGACAACAAUGCUGAUGUCUCUGACGAUGAAUCCAGCAAUAAAUCGUCGUCUAUCAUCAACAAAAAAAUGAAGCUGACUAUCCCCAAUCCAAAGGAUUCAUCUAGCACAAGUUCAUCUCAACCAACAUCAACUGUACAUAGCAACAACAACAACAACAACAUUAACGACGGACGAGAUCUCGAUGAUGAAUCACUCUCUUCUGGAAGCAAGAGAAAGUAUACUGACAAUACCACUCCUCCUACAAUUGUCAGUGGAAGUUCCCAAAAGAAUGGUCAAAUCCUUCUCAAAUAUAACAACAACAAUAACAAUAACAGUAAGAAUAGAUCUGGUAAUCCAUCACCAAGUGGAAUUUCAAACAACUCCUCUUCCAACUCGAAUGGAGGAGGUGCCAUCAACUACACUCCGUUCAGCAGCAACAAAUCACAAAACAAACAACAGAUGCUGCUUGAUGAGGAGUUGAUGGACGACCAGUUCGAUGUCAAUGUCUAUGACGAACGUCUACAAGCAUCACUUGGUUUCCUCACACUCAAUCUCAACUGUGACCUCAAGCAACUGAGAAAGGAGAUUGAUGACCUUGACAUUCCAGAGUUGCGUGGAUUGGAGUUUAGAUUCCUCCUCAAGAAAGUACCGAUCGCUCUUAAACAGGAACCACAAUAUAUGCUUCGUGACUGUCUGUACAGUCACAGUAGUUCGGUCACUGUCGACAUCCGUUCGGUCAUUCCCAACCUGAAUGUGUCGACCAACAUCGACGUCUCGACACUCUCCACCAAUCCAUUCUUUAUUGUCUUUUCACAGCUUUUGAAUCAAUCGCUACAGUCUCCAAGUUUGAUGUCACCACAAUCGACAUCAUCCUCAGGUGGACAACUGUUGUUGGAGUCAUCCUCCAUCACCACCGGUGGUAACAAUAACAACAACAACAGCAGCAGCGACGCCAACACCAUACCGGUCAAGAAACACUCAUCCAUUUCUACUACCACCACCACAACUAAACCAUCUUCAACAAACAAUACAACAUCAUCUGGUAGCAGCAGUAGUAAUAACUCCAAGUCAGAACCAACAUCACCAAACACCAAACAAAUCGAUCAGUCUCAAAUGGAAGAGUAUACUCCAAACAUUAACACCAGUGACAAUAGCACAUCCAACUCUCCCAAAAAAGAUGAAGAGCAUUUGAAGGCAACAUCACCAGAGAUGAACGGAGCUGAUCAACAGGUUUCGCCAGUUUCAUAA